AAAAAGAUAUUUGCAAUCAAACCCUUAAAUCCUACAGUUUGCAGCUGAUAGUCCAGCCGACAGCCAUGGCUAGGCGGCGAGUGCUGCUUCUGAUGAAGCCCUUCGACGUCUACCCUCCGAGGCCUAAAGCAAAGGAUUCCUCCUCCUUUCUUCAUCGAACGGUGAACGCACACCAGAUCUUAAAUCAUCUGGACGACCGCUGUAGAGUCCACAACGAAGGUAUUAAAUUUUGCCAGGAUGUGCUUAGACGUAAAAACCUUGAUUGGGAACCUUUAUUCAGAAACAAUAUUUCACAACCAAUUCGUGGGGUGGAUCUCGUGGUCACAGUUGGUGGCGAUGGAACUCUUUUGCAAGCUAGCCACUUAAUUGAUAAUUCCAUUCCGGUUCUUGGAGUCAAUUCAGACCCAACACAACCCGAAGAAGUCGGCCAGUUAUGUGACGAAUUUGAUGCAACUAGAAGCACUGGUUACCUCUGUGCUGCAACCAUGAGAAAUUUUGAGCAGAUUUUAGAAGAAGUUCUUGAAGGGAAGAAUAAGCCCUUUGAACUAGCAAGGAUCUCAACCAAGUUAAAUGAUAAGAUAUUGCCAACAUUUGCUCUGAACGACAUCUUGAUCUCGCAUCCUUGCCCUGCAACCGUGUCGCGAUUCUCAUUUCGGAUCAAAUGUAAUGAUCAAAAGGGCUCGUCUUUGGUUCAUUGCCGAUCGAGCGGCCUCCGAAUAUGCACGGCAGCCGGAUCGACUGCAGCCAUGCUAUCAGCUGGAGGAUUUCCCAUGCCAAUAUCUAGUAAUGAGCUUCAAUUCAUGGUGAGAGAACCCAUUUCACCUAGAGCUGUAGAUGUUCCUUUAAUGCAUAGUGUGCUCAAGUCUGAUCAGUAUAUGCAUAUCUCAUGGUCUGGUAAAGAUGGGACUAUAUAUAUUGAUGGUUCACAUGCAUUCUUUCCAAUCAGACAUGGGGAUACUGUUGAGAUUUCAGUAAAUGCCCCUUUUUUGAAGGUUCAUUUGCCUUAUUGUCUUCCAAGAUAAUUUUAAAUUUAUUUAACUUUAUUUAUGUAUCUGCCUUUAUAUUUCUUUUUCUAGCAUUAUGUUAUGUUUUUAUUUCUGGGACAUUGACAUACCUAC